UUUCCAACAGCCACGCAUGCGCACACGGAAUAUAGAGCGUAGCGUCAUCGGUCUGCGUCCGCGCGAAUUAUGGCGAGUAAAAAGAAUUCACUUCUUUCCUCUCUAGCGGCUUAUGGGGAUGAUUCAGAGCCAGAUUCAGACCCAGACACCGAUGAUCAAGAUGCAUCAGACUCUCACACUGGAUUGGUUUCGGCCAGUUACGGGGACGAUGAUGUAAGUCGUGUAGAAGAAGCAGAUGAGAAGGAGUCCGAGAACGAGGACAGUGAUGACAGCACCAAAAAUUCGGAAGAGGAGGAUUCAGACUCAGGACGAACCCAGGACAAUGUUAAGGAUGUGCUGGAGGGGGAGAUUAAAGAUCCAAAUGAGCUUGUUGCACAGUUUUCAGAAAAGGUUCGAAACAUGUCUCCAGAUGAGAUCAGAAUUCCUCCCGAACCACCCGGGCGCUGCUCCAGUCAACUGCAGGAAAAGAUUCAAAAACUUUACGAGCGGAGGCUUCACGGAGACUUUGAUACAAACAGCCAUAUUCAAAAGAAGAAAGAAUUUCGCAACCCAAGCAUUUAUGAGAAGCUUAUCCAGUUCUGUAGCAUUGAUGAACUUGGAACCAAUUAUCCAAAAGACAUGUUUGACCCCCAUGGCUGGUCAGAGGAUUCCUACUAUGAGUCACUAGCCAAAGCUCAAAAAGUUGAGAUGGACAAGCUGGAAAAGGCCAAAAAGGAGCGAACCAAGAUUGAGUUUGUGACCAUCACCAAAAAAGGCAACACUACUAACGCAGCGGCCUUGACCACGAAUACAGCAACCACCUCAUCCACAGAUUCCCAGAAGAGGAAGAGCAAGUGGGACUCUGCGGUACCAGUGACCCUGGCACAACCUGCCCUCCUUACCACCACCGCCACCCUUCCUGGAGUCGUAUCGGUCACCACAACAGCUAGUGGCACCAAAACCACAGUCAUCUCUGCAGUGGGAACAAUCCUUAAGAAAGCUAAGCAAUAAGCACGGCCUUGACGAAAACAGACGAGGAUUUUCACCCGCUUGCCAGGUUGCUUGAUGGUGAUUGGCACAUGUAAACUUAAUAAGUCUGGCAACUGGAAUAGAUAGCGUAUAUCUCAUUUUCAAAAUGAGGACUGAAGUUGCCCAUCCCUGGCCUACAUUGUUGUUGUGCAUCAAAAAUGUAAUUAUCACUUUUCAGUACUUUCUUUUUUCCUUUUAGCAUUCAUUCAUUGUUCGAUAUACAAUUUGGGUAGCUCUGAUAAAGUUGGUUUUUCUAUUUGUACAUAUUAGUGAAGGUUUGGACCAGAUCUUAUCACAAAGAAAACCACAUGCACAACAGAAGUAUUCAUUACAUUAUUACAGAAUUAACAGAUCAGCGGUCUGUUCAUUGUGUUAUUCAUAUAUUCAUGAUAAAAGGAAAGUAUUUUUUACAAUUUAACAGAAAUUCAUUUCCUCUGUAUUUCAUUUUAGCACUGCAAAUGGGUCUUUUUUUAAACAUGUAUAUAUUGAGGCGACUCUAGCUCGGCACCAUAAAAAUAAAAAUGUUUUAUAAUUA